CAAUUUUUAAUUGUACGUAAUUGAUCAUUAUCGAUUAAUAUCACGAACGUUAAAGUGUUCCUGUACCUAAUUAAUUAAUAAUUAUUAUUGUAUAUCAAAAAUAUUGAUGAGAAUAAUAAUGCGAUUUUCACUUAAUCAAAUGAAUUACGCUGUUGUACAAUUGGUUUAAAAUUUUGUCCCGUAAUCCUGCACCUCAGUUUUAUGUGAGGAGAGUACGAGAAAAGAAAUGCGAUUCGGCGAUGCGCGUCGUCAAGACGUCAACGGCGAUUGUGUUGUCGAGCUCUGUUUCGCCGCCACGAGGAGGAAAUUUCGCGGACCAGAUCGAAGGCGUCCGUCCGCCCAUUUGAGAAUGAACCCGGGGAGAUCCUCCGACAAUGAGGAGAUGUCUGCAGUAAAAUUGAUACGGCUGGAAAAGCCUCUUAACUUAAUGCCGGGUCGCCGUUGCUGACAAACAUUUUCUUUCCCUUUCAUCGAGGCCCUCGAAUCACGAUAUCAUAUCGUAUUCGACCAGUCCACCUUCGGCUCGCUCGGAAGAGGUAUAUAUACGCUUAUUUGUUAGUCGCUUAUACUUGGCGCGAGACACUACCGUGUCUCGUGAUAUCUCUCUCUCUCUCUCUGCAAACAAACAAAGAAAGGAAUUCGCAGGUUUACGUCCGUCGCCGUGUUUGAAAGCUUUCCUCAGCGAACAAUGCGAGAAAGGCUCCCAGCGAGUCAUUUCGCUGCUAGUCGAAGUCGACAUAGGUCACACACAAGGAGUCUAGAGUCCCGCUCUGAUACCAAGACGCUCUUCUUUCGCGACACUGCAGGCCUCCGACAUGCUUCCGCACCGGGAUUUGAACCGGAGGGUUGCGGAACCACUACCACGGAGAGAAUCUAUGGAGGAGGACAGCGCUCAGGCGAUCCUCGACGAGCACAUAUCUCGCAAUAUCAGGUCACCUUCAACAUCACCCAGACUCUCACCCGAGAGAAGGACUCCACAAUGGAUAGCGGUAAUAUCUAUAACUUUGAAGAGGGCAGCGAUCUUGUUGGAGCUGCUUCCAUGAGUCACGUUCAAGGUCACGACCAAAAAUUCCGAAGGUCGGAUACGAGACGGUCAGCUACGAAAAAGUCGACGACGGAUAGUCGAGUGAGCGUGGUCAGCAAUGUGCAGCCUUCCGCAAACAAGGACGUUCGUCUGUUGCCAAACAGAGAAACGACGCGCAUGGGGGUACCUGCUCAACCGUUUGUCGCUGAUCCGGGAAUUCGCUCCCCGCGGUGGGCGAGAAAUUUUCAAUCCUUAUUAGGGGAUCCGACUGGCUUGGAGUUGUUCGAAAGGUACCUAAGUCAGGAAGGGCAUCUGGAUCCGCUCAAUUUCUGGUUCGCCUGCGAGGGCCUCAAAAAACAAAAGGACAUGGAGAAGAUCUCGAAAUUGGUGAAGAUCAUCUAUCGACAGUUUUUCCUCAAGUCGCCGCUAAGCGUACCGGAGGAUAUAAUGAAGGAGGUGGAUCGGCGGGUCAAGGAGGGCCGCACCGAUCACAAGGUGUUUGACAUCGCGCAGCUGGAGGUCGAGCAGCUGAUCAACAAGACGAUGUAUCCGAAGUUCCUUCAAUCCGACGUGUACGUGCAGUACGUUCAGACCCGCCAGAAUGCCGAUUCCAGCGGUUGCCCGAGCUCGAGUUCGGGUAGUCGCAAGAUGUCCAUCUCCUGCGGACCAAGUCUGCUGCCCACCGUGCACGAAGACAGCAAGUACAUCGGCAAAGGGCAUUCCCGGAAAUCACCGUACUCCGAUGGCACAGAUUUAGAUUCGGGCAGGUGUGAGCCUAGUGAAUCGUUGGCCUUCUGCUCUCGUACGACGAUUUCCAAUUUCUCCGUGAGCGAUUUCGCAAUUUUUUUCGAUAGUUUGUUCAUAUGCAGGAGAUGCAAAUUUUUUAUUUCAUUUUUUUCGUUUCCAUAUAACAUCAUAUUUUUAUUUGUCUUUUAUUUAGUUGUUUUUGUUUUUUGUAUUGUUGCAAUUUGUCUCUAGGGCAAUUAAAAAGUCGAUU